AUGGCUGACUGCACAAAAAAUAACUCAGAAAUUGAGUUGGAAGUAAGCAAUUCAAAAGGCAAUGAAGCUAGUUCAGCAGGAAAACAAGCGAGACCGAUUAAAACAGUUUGGUAUAGGAAAUGGGGCCGGUUCAUAUAUUACUACACCUUCGGAUGUGGUUGUUGUAUCAAAGAAGAGAUCAGCAUGACCAAGUUAGAAAAAACCGUAAAGGCCACCUUGCUUAUCCAGCAGUGGUACAGGAGAUACAUUGCACGAUUGGAAGUUAGAAGACGGUGUACAUGGACAAUUUUUCAAACUUUGGAGUAUGCUGGUGAAUGUGAUCAAGUCAAAUUGUACAGUUUUUUCAAUGCCCUCUUGACACAUAUCCCCUCGACGGCCAACGCUCCAGGAAGUAAUCUCAGUUCGAGGAGUUCAUCCCUGGAAAAUUUGGACAACAGAUAUGAAGACGAAUCUCCGGAUCCUGACGAGGAAUUUAUGGAUGCGGAACAGAAAAGUUUAAUGACCUAUAAAAUAAAUUUUCCACUUACUGAAGCAGACAUUACCAAAUUACUAGAAGUAUUUAAAAAGAGAAGACAUUACAGGUUACCACCGGACGUAGUAGCAGAAAUUUUGAUAAGAGCCGUAAGAGUUUUAAAAACUUUGCCCAACUUGAAUAAGGCUUCCACAUCUAUAAGUAAACAAAUUACUAUUUGUGGGGAUUUGCAUGGCAAAUUUGAGGAUCUACUGGUCAUUUUUCAUAAGAAUGGACUUCCUUCUUCAGAAAAUCCAUACGUUUUUAAUGGAGAUUUCGUAGAUCGCGGCAAGAGAGGGCUUGAGGUUUUGUUAAUUUUACUUUGUUGCCUUUUAGUUUAUCCAGAUUCGGUUUAUCUAAACAGAGGUAACCACGAGGACCACAUUAUGAACCAAAGGUAUGGAUUUGUCAGAGAAGUGCAAUCUAAAUAUAAGAGAAAUUCCGAAAAAUUACUUAGGCUUAUAGAAGAAGUAUUUAGACAUUUACCUUUGGGAACAAUUUUAAAUAACAAGGUGCUUAUUGUACACGGCGGCAUAUCUGACACGACUGACUUAGAAAUGUUGAAGCUUUUGGAUAGGACUAAGUAUGUCUCUUUACUUCGUCCGCCAGUUAGUGAAGUAGGAACAGAAGCCAUUGAUAAAAUGGAGUGGAAACAGGUGUUCGAUAUUUUAUGGUCCGACCCUCAAACGACUGAUGGGUGCAUUCCAAACCAAUUGAGGGGCGCAGGGACGUAUUUUGGGCCCAACGUGACCAAACAGUUUUUGGAAAAAUACAAACUGUCUUACUUGGUCAGAUCUCACGAGUGUAAACCUGAAGGAUAUGAAGUGGUGCAUGAAAAUAAGGUAAUAACAAUAUUUUCAGCAUCAAACUACUACGAAAUGGGCUCAAACAACGGUGCAUAUCUAAAAGUGGUUGGGGACAAUUUGGACACGCAUUACGUGCAAUACAUGGCAAAAUCCGGAAGAAAAAAUCUCACCUUCUUCCAAAGAAUGAGUAUGGUAGAAACCGGGGCCAUUAAAGAACUACAAAUGCAAAUAUCCUCGAACGAAGAUAAACUUUUAAAUUUGUUUAAUACGUACGAUCCAGAAAAUGUUGGACUAAUAACAGUAACACAAUGGUGCAAGUCGAUGGAAGCCGGAACGAACUUGCAAAUUCCUUGGAGAUUGCUUAAAGAGAAGUUGGUUACCAUCGAUGCCGACACUGGGAAAGUAAAAUAUUCAACAACUUUCGAAGUGAAUAAAACAUUAACUCAUAUAAACUCAGUGCAAGGCGCCAGCACCGUCGUAGAAACGCUCUACAGGAACAAAAGGAGUUUGGAAGCGAUAUUCCGUAUCAUAGACAAAGACAACUCAGGACACAUUAGCUUUGAUGAGUUUGCGGAUGCUUGCAAUUUAAUCAAGGAACAUUUUCAAAGUCCUAUGACAAAGGAUCAGCUUAAGGAACUUUGCAAAUUGAUGGACCUUAACAAAGAUGGUAUGGUAGAUUUAAACGAAUUUUUGGAAUCAUUUAGAAUGGUGGACCCUGAAAGUAAAAAAACAAACCUGGCCAACAGCCCCGAGCCGGAAGAGCCGCCAUCGGGCUGUAGAACCAUUGAACCACCUAAAUUUUUAGAUGUGGAUUCGAUUAAAAUUUCUAAAAAGAAUAGGGACGGAGACACACCUCCUAUAUCACCUGCUAUUGUAAAACCCCUAAAACUAAUGCCAAAAAUAGACGAAGAAAACCUAGCAAAACUGUCCAAAAUCGAAGAUCUCUCUGCUUCCGAGGUAGAACACAAAGCUGACGUCGAAAAGAACCAAGAAAACCUCCGCAACGGCAAAAAAGAGCUAUACGACGCAACUGUCAAAGUGGUGGUUCAUCAACCGUCGCCAUCCGAAGCUAACUGUCAAAAUACCAUUCUUAAAACAGACGGUAAAUCAUCUACAGGUCACGUCAACCCCAUGCAGAUGUCGCCUGUAUUAAGUUCUCGUCGAGGUAAUUAA